CCUGUGGUUUUCUUAGAAGUGAUAGCCCUUAGCCACAUGCAAAACAUUGGAGGUGUUUCGGUUGGAUAUUUUCAUGAUUUCAUAAAAUAAAAGGAUUGAAACAUGGUUGAGAGCAAGAGGGAAAUACUAGUGGUGAAUGACUCAGACGCCGAAGUGACACUCUACUUGUACCCGACCUGGGACCACAUCUGCUGGCUUUCCACCGAAUCUCGAAUUAUUAAACCAAAGCAGAAAACUCUUUACAGCAAAAAAAAAGAGUUCAAAUUCAAGCUUAAAGCGAGAUGGAAGGGUAGGGGAGACAACAAGAAGACUUGCGUGAAGGAACUGCAAGAGCUAUCUCAUUUGAAGGAAAGCAAACUUUUCCGGGUUACAGGAACUGACGGAAGCGCUGUUGCUUUUGAGGAGACAUUAACAGACACCGGUACUGAAAAGCAGGUCUGCCUGAGAAAGAACAACAUGGGCGAGGACCUCAAGAGAACGUGCGGAAUGCCGAACUUGUAUGAAAUACUUGGUCUAGAUAUGAAGACAGCGCGGAAAUUAAGCAAAGACGAGUUAAAAAAGACGCUGAAAAAAGCCUGCCGGAAACAGCUUUUGAUAUGGCAUCCUGACAAAAAUGGCGGAGAUGCUGAGCAGGCCAGGAAUAUCAUCAUGGCGUAUAGCUGUCUUGAAGACGACGAAACAAGAGCGCGGUACAAUAAUCAAGCCGACUACGAUGAGGGCUGGACGUCUUUAAAACGGUGGAAGGCCAUAUUCAAGCCGGAGUGUGCGACGGAAGAACAAAAGCGACAGUUUAGAAAAAGGCUAUGUUACCUCGCGUUAUCUGCCGGUGCUUUUUUUGUGGGUCUUGGUUUAAUCGUCGGUACAGCCGGCGCUGGUGCUGUCCCGCUAGUUGCCGGUGGGGGUGUUUUUGGCGGGGGAUUUUUUGGUGGUGGUGUCUUAUCACUGCAACACGCAACAAGCUUGCAAGCUGUAGCAGAAGGUGUUGAACUAGGGCCAUGGAUGGCGAAAUUCGGCCUGGGGUUUACUGCUGGCGCUAUAACAGGUGGCACGGCCGUCGGAACCACAGCUCUCAUUUCGGGAUUGGGUGGUGCGGCUUUGGAGUCAACCGCCGUUGGCGUUGGGCAGUACAUCGGGGCAGGAGCGGCAACAGGAGCAGUCGGCGGCGGAACCAUGUCUCUUGCUUCAGAUUUGGGGAGAAAACAUGUGGACGGUGAGGAGAUUCCUGGGAAGAACGUAGCCUUCAGGGCCCUCACUGCCACAGGUAUCGGAGCUGCUGCAGGAGCUCUUGGGGGACUGGUUACUAAAGCAAUGGUUUCUAGUACUGCCUCGGCAGCCUCUUCAAAUUUAGAGGGAGAACUUGCAGAGCAGGUGAUGAUUUUAGCUGGCGCAAGAAAAUUUGCUAAUGUACUAGCUCGGAAUGUCCCGAAAACGCUGACAGAGUCAGGAACACAGGCGAUUUUGGGCAGCGCCGCUAACUUUGCUGAUGAGCGACUAAAUGAGAAUGUUGAAAACAGAACCCCCCAGGAGCACUUAGAGCAAGGGGCGAAAGCCCUCACGAGUACCCUUGGUCAAGGUGUAGUCCAAGAGGUAGCCCCUUCCGCCGUGUCUCACGCGAUCAACGAGAUCAAGGUCCAUAGGCGCGUCAAGAAAGAGUUUCCAUCUACUUCCUCUAAGAACCACAGCAACGCUGAACGACAGAGGCAGCGACGAAGAGUUAGAUUCGCCAUGUCGCAGGAAGAAAACGAACACAGGAACAAUGUCUCACGAAGCACAUGCUCCCGAGGAGGGUAUAAACGUCUGGAGAAUGAGACCGAGAAUUAUGGAAACCCAGGUCAGACUACCCCACUGAUAGAUAUUGACGACAUCGAUAUCGCCGAAGGCAUUGACGAAGCAAAAUUUGACGGCAAGAUUAAAUACAUUAACAAUGGUAGCUUCGAGUCCAAGAUGGUUGUCAGCUUCAGGGUUGGUAAUCAGAUGAGGGUUGAAGUGGCAAAGGGAAGUGGAUCGUGGAUCACAGUACCAGAAAACGCCACAAAUAUUAGAGUUCGCUUCAUGGCCAACAGAUUGGUUUGGUGCGAUGUGAAAAAGUAUAACCGUUUCAGUAAGACGUGGGUAACGCCUACAGAGGAGCACAUCUUUCGCUACUCGACACCACCUGCACUGCGUGUGUUUAUAUUGUCGGGUAAUAUUUACACAGAGAAGGUGAUCCGAGUAGCAAAUGAGUACCACGAGGAGACUAAGGAAAUGGAGUAGAAACACCAUGCAAACUACCAAUGUCACAUGGCCUGCAGUAGAGCGCCCUAAGUAUGAGGACGAAUGAGCGAGUUUUUACAUGCAAACUAUUCUUGUAAGAUAUCGUAGAACAUUCUCAUAGACGAACUAGACAUAUAAGAUAACGUAGAACAUUCUCAUAGACGAACUAGACAUAUAAGAUAGAACAUUCUCAUAGACGAACUAGACAUAUAAGAUACCGUAGAACAUUCUCAUAGACGAACUAGACAUAUAAGAUAAAGGAGAACAUUCUCAUAGACGAACUAGACAUAUAAGAUACCGUAGAACAUUCUCAUAGACGAACUAGACAUAUAAGAUAGCGUAGUAUAUUCUCAUAGACGAACUAGACACAUGAGAUACCGUAGAAAAUUCCCAUAUACGAACUCGACAUAUGAGAUAUUGUAGAGCGUUCUUAUGAAUGAAAGAGACAUUAGUUGUCUUUGAAUACAAAAUAAAGCUUCACGGCUGCCCCACAUAAAA